UUCAGCACAGGUUUCUGCUCAUCCGGGGAUCCCAAAGGCUGUGACUGAGCAAUCACAUGAUUCCGUUAGCAGGUCUGGAGCAGGCAAGAGAGUAUUCUAUAAAGAGAAGUUCUGAUUUCUUCCCCAGAGCAAGAACCCUUCUCCCCCAGUGUUGCACUGAUGGGACCCCCCCUGCUUUGCCUCCUCAUCUUGGUGUCUGUGUAUGGGCAGGCUUGCAACAGUAAAUCGUUUUCCAUUGACUACAAUGAAAACUGUUUCCGGAAGGAUGGGCAAUGUUUCCGCUACAUUUCUGGGAGCAUCCACUACUUCCGGAUCCCAUCUUACUAUUGGAGGGACCGGCUCCUUAAGAUGUACAUGACGGGAUUAAACGCUGUUCAGGUGUACAUUCCCUGGAAUUUCCACGAGCCGGUGCCUGGGAUGUACGACUUUAACGGAGAUCGAGAUCUCAGUCAUUUUCUGGACCUAACAAAUGAACUUGGACUUCUGGUUAUCAUCAGACCUGGGCCCUAUAUCUGCGCAGAAUGGGAUAUGGGUGGGCUUCCAGCUUGGCUUCUAAAUAAUAAGGAUAUUGCAUUACGGACUUCAGACCCAGAUUAUCUGGCUGCUGUCGAUUCCUGGCUCUCCGUCCUCCUCCCAAAGCUUCGCCCGCGCUUGUACAGUAACGGAGGAAACAUAAUAAGCGUGCAGGUAGAGAAUGAAUAUGGCAGCUUCAUGGCCUGUGAUUACAGCUACCUCCGGCACCUCCUCCACUUGUAUCGUCUCUAUUUAGGAGAUGAGAUUGUGCUUUUCACCACUGAUGGGAAUACUGAAAAGGAACUCCAGUGCGGAAGCCUGCAGGAUUUGCACACAACUGUGGAUUUUGGCCCAGGGGACAAUGCAACAAAAGCUUUCAAUCUUCUGCGCAAGUAUCAGCCGAAGGGACCCCUGGUAAACUCAGAAUAUUACACGGGGUGGCUGGACUACUGGGGGGAGAAGCACUCAACAACCAGCAAAGAACUAGUGAGUCGGGGCCUGAAGAACAUUCUGGAGAUGGGAGCCAGCGUCAAUAUGUACAUGUUUGAAGGCGGCACCAACUUCGGCUACUGGAAUGGAGCAGACUUUAAGAAAACAUACAAACCCAUUCCAACAAGCUACGAUUACGACGCGCCCCUUUCAGAGGCCGGCGACCCUACAGACAAAUUAAAUGACAUACGUAAUGUCAUCAGUCAGUUUCAGCCAGUGCCACAGGGGCCGGUACCUCCUCCGACUCGCAAAAUGGAUUACGGCUUUGUCUCUAUGAACAAGGUUGGGAGUCUCCUCGAUUUCCUGGACGUUUUCUCCCCAGAAUUCCCCACUGAGACCCGAUAUCCUUUAACCUUUGAAGAAGUAAAGCAGUAUUUCGGAUUUGUUCUGUACCGGACGCGGCUUCCCAGGGACGUGCCCAUCCCCACCUUCCUCUCCUCCGUUCCCAGUGGGGUGCAUGACAGGGCCUAUGUCUCUGUUGGUGGGGUGUUUAAUGGCGUGCUGGAGAGGGACCACGUGCUGAAGAUCCUAGUGGCCGGGAAAGCUGGAGACUGGUUGGAUGUUCUGGUGGAAAACAUGGGCCGGAUCAACUUUGGCUCGUGUGUCAAUGACUUAAAGGGCCUGGUCUCCAACGUGACCUUGGGGGGGGACAUCCUCACAGACUGGCUGCUGUAUCCCCUCAAUCUAGAAGGUCCCAUAUCAGAGGGAUGGCCGCACGUGGGAAACAACUUUAUUGGCUUUUCAGAGACGGAAUCCAACACGGGUCCUUCGUUCUAUAGCGGCACCUUCCAAAUCACUACGCAAGGAGACACAUUUCUAAGCCUGCCCCAGUGGACAAAGGGCCAAGCGUGGAUAAAUGGAUUUAAUGUCGGUAGGUACUGGCCGGCCAGGGGCCCGCAGAUCACACUGUAUGUCCCGGGAAACAUAUUGAGGCUUGGGGAAAACACCGUCACCCUAUUGGAACUGGAGCGAGCCUCGGAACUGUCCGUGGUGCACUUUAUAGACAGGCCUAUUCUGGGCUAGCCACUGGGAACGGUGUAAGGACUCCAUCCCAUACACAAUGAAGAGUGGUUAAAUGGUAACUAAGGACCCGUAACCACUACUCCUUGAUCCCAUUACAAUCAACAGGAAUCUGCAAUCUAUGAUACAGCAACACGGAAAUCUAAGGAUCCAAGUAUCCCGACUGCUCCCAGGGAGGCGCCGAGUGUUAGUGGCAGCCGAUUGGCCAAACUGGCGCCUACGUGUUGGCCAUACCUACAUACACUCUCGUUUAUACCCAGGGGUUUAUUCAUGCAAGGGGCUGGCAAGCAGGACUGGGCAAGGCAAAACUGUCACCGACCUGGCGAGUGAAAAACUUAUUAUCAUUUAGAUUUUAGAGUUAAAUGAUACAUAUUUCAGCCUAUUUCCCUGCUAUACUUCCUGGUUAUAGUCAGGGAAUGGGGGACACUCGGUCGGUCAGGGCUACUGGGGGGGUCUGCACCCAUUUCCUAAUCCCGCACACAAGCAGAAUCCAUCAAAAGAGAAAACUGAUUUUUUUACAUUAAAUUUUGAAGUUUUUUGGAAGGCAAGGCAUUAUAUUAUUUUCCCUAUUGCCCUCAGCCUUGUGUUCUGAUAAACUCCGGUCUCUCUUUACUGCUGCGCUGCAAGUUGGAGUGAUAUCCCCCCCCUCCCCCCCAGCAGCCGAUCAGCAGAACAAUGGGAAGGGAGCAAGAUAGCAGCUCCCAGUAGGUAUCAGAAUAGCACUCAAUAGUAAGAAAUCCAAGUCCGGCUUGGGACUCCUCCAGUUACAUGGGAGUAGGAGAAACAAUAGGUUAGCUGAAAGCAGUUCUAAUGUGUAGCGCUGGCUGAAAGCUCAGACUCAGGCACACUUUACUGCUGUGGUGCAAGUUGGAGUAAUAUAGUAUAUAUACACGAUGUAGUGGAGGAAGCUGUGAGGAGAAAGAAAAAGAGCUUAUCUGAUGUUCUUCUGGUUAGGAAAACAUUAGAAGCCUCAGAUACCUUUUCUCAUGCAGGGUUGGACUGGGCCGUCAGGACACUGGGAAAAUACCCGGGGGGCCCCGGCCCUAGUGGGCCCCAGCGGCCCAGACCUGACUCUGUUGGUGCUUCCCUUGCCGCUGAUGUCCUCCCCUGAUGCGUUCACAAACGCGCAUUCAGGCGAGGACGUCCAGCGGGGGGGGGUUAGGGGUGUGCGGCGGUGGGGGCCCCUGCAGGGGAUGCGUACUUUGGGGGGUGUAGGGGCUCUUUCUCCUCACAACUUCCUCGACUACGUCAUGUUCAGAAAGUGACCAGCAGGUGGCGCCAUUGUGACAAAAUGCUUUCAUUUUACAGAACUUUAACGCUUAAUAUCUCGGAAAUAAAAAUAAAUAAGGAAUGUAAAUUACUUAGA